GUUCAUCGAGGCUAACGUCUUGCUCAAUGCCGGCGAGCAAGACAAGGCAUACCAAAUCCACAAGCAAGUACUCUAAGUGAGAUGCGAGAGUUUCCCCAUUACUGAUCACUCUGAGUUAACGAGCAAACAGCCAGGAGGUCCUGACACGUUGCCUGGCCCGUGCAGCCCAUCAAUGCGUCCUGGUUGCUAACCAACGCCAUGCCACGCGUCAUAUUCCGCGACGAGAAACCUAAUAUACGAAUCAUUAUCUACCCAGAUCCCAUAUGGACAGGCUGGGAGGAAGUUAGGAAGCUGGUUCCAAAGCUCUGGGACGCUGAGAAGGACACAUUUCGGAUGUACGUCGAUCCAGAGAAGUCAAAGACGAUGAAAAUCGACGCUAUGGUACAUAUGGGCAUUCUGGACAAACCGAACCUGCCCUGGAGAUUUGAGAGAUACCCCUUCACGAGUGGAUACGAACUACCUGGCACUGGAGGAAAGACUCCAACGGACGAGGAUAAGACUGGCGGAGGCAGGUGGAAAGCUCUGCCGGAUAGACUCGAGACAGGCCUCAAUCUCGACUCCAUCUACGAGCGAGUAUGCUCUCAGGUCGAUGAGAGUAAAGUAAUCAUUUCGGAGGACCCAAACCGAUUCCUCUGCGCGUACAUUUACUACGCUUCGCUCGCUGAAUUACAUCUCCGCGAUGAGAAAAAAAGUGUCGUUUUCAUGCAUACGCCGAUUGAGCACGAGAGCAAAGAUAUCGAGCGCAGCGUCAAUGUCGUAUGUACCGUGGUCAAGGCCAUGGUGGAGGAUCUCGAGAAGUCUGAGUCCGACGAGAAAUGAGUAUAGUGAAGAUACAUGUUUUAGGGGCGUUGAGUGUCAUCACAGGAUGAGAUUGCUAGGAGCUCACACAGUCUGCAUAUCUUUAAUUAGGGGCCAAAAGCUU